AUGUUCACCAACUCAACUUCCCACUACAACCUCCCCACCACCCGCCCAAGCCUACACACCCAGCAGCCGCCCUUUACCGUCCAUCUCAGUCGCCAAAGUAUGAGUCGAGGAGGAAAAUUGGCACCGGAAGUCAACCGAGCUCUCUUCGUAAAGAACCUGAGCUUCAACGUCACCCCAGAGGAACUCUUCGACCUCUUUGGCAAGUUCGGCCCCGUGCGCCAGAUCCGCCAGGGAAUCGCCAACAACACCAAGGGCACAGCCUUCGUCGUCUAUGAAGAUGUAAUGGACGCAAAGUCGGCUUGCGACAAGCUGAACGGCUUCAACUUCCAGAACAGAUACCUCGUCGUAUUAUAUCACCAGCCAGAUAAGAUGCUCAAGGCCGCAAAUGAUCUCGCCGAGCGCCAAGAGAACUUAGAAAAGCUCAAAAAACAACACGGUAUUGAUUAG